AAUUAAUGAGCACUGUUGUGUUGAUGCACACCAAUCAUUUUCCAAAAUAAAAACUGGAAUAAAAAAACAAAAGGGCACGAGGUGGGCAGCAAAGUAAAAAUAAGAAAAAGAAAAAGAAAAAGAAAAUGAACUAUCACACGUGCCCUCUCUCCAACAUUACUCUAUACCCGUAUGCCUCCAACCUCGCAUUGAAACUGAAACAACAGUCCCCCUCCCUCUCUAUAAAGACCAUUGACACCCCCCACCCUCCCUUCACUCUCACCACUGCACUACCACCACUUCCUCCUCCUCCUCUUUCUCUUCCUCUUCCUCUCUAACGCCACUGACACCUUCUCAUUAGAGCCAAAAACAGCUUUUUUCUUUUACUUUUUAAUUUGUAUUACUUGCGGAAAUGGGCAACGGGGACUAUGUCCACCCGUCAAGUAAUGUGGAGUGUGCUCACAGUCACAGAGUGGCGAUUCCACCACCACAGCCGUUUGUUAAGACGCUGAAAUAUAAUCUCAAAGAAACAUUCUUUCCCGAUGAUCCGUUUAGGCAGUUCAAGAACCAGCCUCCAUCUAAAAGAUUCAUUUUAGGCCUGCAGUAUUUCUUGCCAAUUCUUGAAUGGGCUCCUCGUUACACUUUAGAGUUUCUGAAAGCUGAUCUUAUCGCUGGGAUCACUAUUGCAAGUCUUGCUAUUCCUCAAGGGAUAAGUUACGCUAAACUAGCUAACUUGCCACCAAUUCUUGGCUUGUAUUCAAGCUUUGUUCCUCCACUGGUUUAUGCAAUGAUGGGAAGUUCGAGAGAUUUGGCAGUAGGGACAGUGGCUGUUGCUUCUCUCUUGACAGCAUCUAUGUUAGGAAAUGAAGUAAAUGCGAAUGAGAACCCAAAGCUUUACCUUCACCUUGCUUUUACAGCAACGUUCUUUGCUGGAGCCUUCCAAGCUUCUCUUGGCUUGUUAAGGCUAGGAUUCAUCGUGGACUUUCUAUCACAUGCAACGAUAGUAGGUUUCAUGGCAGGAGCCGCAACAGUAGUGUGCCUGCAACAGCUAAAGGGGAUGUUGGGGCUUGAUCAUUUCACUCAUGCCACGGAUCUUGUCUCUGUUAUGCGUUCUGUCUUCACCCAAACUCAUCAGUGGAGAUGGGAAAGUGCUGUUCUUGGGAUUUGCUUCCUUUUCUUUUUACUUACGACCAGAUACUUCAGCAAGAGACGGCCAAAAUUCUUUUGGAUAUCAGCAAUGGCACCUUUGACGUCAGUUGUUUUGGGCAGUCUGCUCGUUUAUCUCACUCAUGCUGAGAGACAUGGAGUCCCAGUGAUAGGAAAUUUGAAGAAAGGGUUAAACCCACCGUCAUUUGGUGAUUUGGUUUUUGUGUCCCCUUAUCUUACGACAGCUCUGAAAACAGGCAUCAUCACUGGCGUCAUUGCUCUUGCUGAAGGAAUAGCUGUUGGAAGAAGUUUUGCCAUGUUCAAGAAUUACCAUAUAGAUGGUAACAAAGAGAUGAUUGCUAUUGGAACCAUGAACAUUGUAGGCUCUUGCACUUCUUGCUACCUCACCACAGGGCCAUUUUCAAGAUCAGCAGUGAACUUCAAUGCCGGGUGCAAGACAGCAGUAUCGAACAUAGUAAUGUCAUUGGCAGUAAUGGCGACACUGUUGUUCCUGACACCAUUAUUCCAUUAUACUCCACUAGUAGUUUUGUCCGCUAUUAUCAUCUCUGCUAUGCUCAGCCUCAUCAAUUAUGAAGAAGCAAUCCAUCUAUGGCACGUUGACAAGUUCGAUUUUGUUGUCUGCAUCAGCGCCUAUGUUGGUGUUGUUUUUGGCAGUGUCGAGGCGGGCUUGGUCAUAGCGGUGGCAAUCUCUGUACUAAGGGUGCUUCUCUUUGUAGCAAGACCGAGAACUGUUGUUCUUGGCAACAUUCCUAAUUCGAUGAUUUAUAGAAAUGUCGAACAAUAUCCAAAUGCAAGUACUGUACCUGGAGUUCUAGUGCUCGAGAUUGAUGCACCUAUUUACUUUGCCAAUUCAAGCUACCUAAGAGAGAGGAUCUCAAGGUGGAUAAAUGAGGAGGAAGACAAGUUAAGAUCAUCAGGAGAAACUAGCCUGCAGUAUGUGAUACUGGACAUGGGAGCUGUUGGCAACAUAGACACGAGCGGAAUAAGCAUGCUUGAGGAAGUCAAGAAAGUUACUGAUAGAAGGGAGAUCAAGCUUGUGUUGGCCAACCCUGGAUCAGAAGUGAUGAAGAAGCUAAACAAGGCAAAGGUCAUUGAAAAAAUAGGCCAAGAAUGGAUCUAUCUAACAGUAGGAGAAGCCGUGGGGGCAUGCAACUACAUGCUUCAUACGUGCAAGCCAAACCCUUUGAAAGAUGAAUCUCAACCAUGUAACAAUGUCUAAAGCCACCAUGACCAUAUACAUAGAUUCAUUCUGCAGAGAAUGUACCAUCAGUAUGAGUUUAAUUUAAUCCUCAUAUAGGCAGAGCGCGCGCGUCCGCAAUUGGCUAGGAAUUAAUCAGUAAUGUAGUCAUCCGAUUUAACAGAAAAAGAAUAUAUAUAUAUAUAUAUAUAUAUAUAUCAAGCCCAAGUUGAUCUGAUGAUGUAGAUAAAAGUUGGAAGUAUUUUGAACUUCCAGCAACAUAUAAAUGUAUGUUAUACAUGAGCACUCUAAUUUUGGGCUCUUAAGAAAUCCAAGCAGCGCAUAUAUGUAGAUA